AUGAGUUCCUUCAACUACGAGCCGCUCAAGGUUCGAGUUAGCAAUGAAAACUACAACAGCGAGUACGGAUUCGACCCCGACGAGAAACUCUCUGAAAUUGAGCAGAAAAUGCUCGAGAAUGAGCGACGAUUGGCAGAGAUCCAGAAGCGCUCUGAAUUCGGCUUUGAGGAACAAAAUCAUUAUCGAACUCCGCCCCAAUCUUCUGAAAAAUACGAUCCAAUUGAACCAACUCGCAACGGAAGAGACUAUGAUGAUCGAAGACCUCCAGCAAGUUCAAGAGGCUCUUACUCUGAUACCAAUCGAUCCAAAGACUCGUACGAUCGUCGAGAAGGCUCCUCGCGAGAUCGUGAUACGAACAGAAGAUCAGAUAGAGAAAGUUCCCGUUCUGAGAGAAACCAAAGAGAAAAUGCAUCUUCAUCCUCGCGCUCUAACCGCGCAAGAGUUGAAGAUGAUGAUAUUUUAGAGAUAACAGAGAUUUCUAAGGGAGAAAAACGCAAGAGUAGAUCGCCUAAGAGAGAUUCUAGAGAUACCAAAAGAUCCAAGAGAUCCCGUUCACGAAGCCGGGACCGAAGACGAUCCAGAUCAAAAGAUCGAAAGGAAUCAUCAAGACGUCGUACCCGUACUCGCUCAAGAUCACGUGAUAGAAAAUCGAGAGAAACCAGACGCAGCGCGGACCGCGAUUCUAAGAAGUCUUCAAGAUCAAAAGAUGAUAGAGAUCGUCGGGAUACUCAAAGAGAUACAAGAGACUCUCCCUCUCGCUCCUACAGCGAGUACAAAGCUCCUCCCCGUGACAACCACGAUCAUCGUUCGAAUCCGAUCAUGGUCGAAGACGACGACCCAUCGAACCCGAUCAUUCAGCCAUCUCGCGGUCCGAAAGAAAAGUACGUCAAUGCACCUCCUCCGGUCGCUGGAACACGAGACGAUCCUAAUGACUUCUUCAACGAUGAGCUGCGCAAGGCGAUAAAAGCAGGAAGAAUCAAAAUGACCGAAGAAGAAAUGAUGGACGACGGGCCAAUGUAUACCCACACCACGAAUGGAAAAGAGCUCGAGUAUCAGAUCUGCCGAGUGUUUGUUGGUCAUCUACCAGUGGAUUAUCUGUCCAAGGAUGAUAUUUAUCAUCAAUUUGAAAAGUACGGGAAGAUUAUUUCGAUCUCGCUGCACCGUGGAUUUGCUUUUAUUCAAUACAAAGCUCCGGAAAUGGCGCGCCACGCGGCGAGCUCCGAAAACGGACGAAGAUGUAAAGGAGCAUCACUGGAGGUCAACAUGGCCCAGUUGAGCAAAGAAGAAGCGCGAAAACUCCCCCGAGAAGGCGCAACUCUCCCACCGAUCAGAAGAACAACUCCUCAGUGUCGAAUUUACAUCGAAGGCGACAAUGACCGACUUUAUGCCACACAGAUAGAACGAAAGUUGAGAAUCCUUGGUGUGAGCGUGGACACCACUGUUUGGCUAAAUACUGUCAGAAGAGCUCGGAAAACGAUCGAAGAAGAGUUGACUGAAAUGCAGAAUGACGAUGACUCGAUUUGCGCCGUUCAAAUUUCUAAAAACGACCAACACAAGAGAACUUGUACUGUUCAUAUUUUUAAACCAGAUCCAGAGGAACACCGAAAUAUGCCAGUAGUGGAAGCUCUUAUUUUGAUAAACAUGCGUGUUCAAAACUGCAGGAAACAAGACCAGCCACCUCCUGGGCGCAUAGCAUCGAUUCUGCGAUUGUUGACAGACGGACGACAAGCAAGCUUAUUGGAAGUAGAAGAAGUUGUUGACUGGCUCGAGAAGAAAAGAGUUGAUUUAGGAGGAUUCCCCAGAACCUUUUCAACAAAUGAGUGUACUGAUAAGUUGAAAUCAUCCAUCGCCGACCUUAUCGGUGGCAAAUCGUAUCAGAAGAUCAACGAAGCAGAGAUGAAAGAAUCAGGCGGUCAUCCAAACGCUCGAAAUGGUGCUCCUCCGGUAGGUUAUUCAGGUGCGCCACAAGGAAGGCCGAACUACCAGCCUCCAAAAGGUCCUCAAUACGAUCGUCCUCCUCCUCAGCAAGGUGGUUACCAAUACCAACCUCCAACGAACCGAGGACCACCACCACAGCAAGGAGGUUCACCACAAAAACCUUAUGGCGGCUAUGAAGAACAAGAUCAGAUGAGAUACGCUCCGCCACAACAAGCUGAGCGUUCAUAUGCACCUCCACCGCAAAUGGCCAGUCGAGGACCUCCGCAAGGUCUUGCUCAGCCGCCACCACGAGCUCAACAAAUGCCCCCGAUGCGUGGACCUCCGCAACAAACUCAGAAUCCGCCACCGCGGCAGUACCAGCCUCCUCAGCAGCAGAGCUACCAAAGUUAUCAACAAGCUCACCAACAGCAGCCACAAUCUUACCAACAUCAACAAUACAAGCCACCAGCUCAACCAUCUCAGCAUGCUCCUCAAAAUACAGGAACUGAUUUUAACGCACUGCCUGACAUGCCGCGACGACGACAACCACCAUCUGGAGCUCCUCAAUCCGGCCAACCGCAGCAACAGCACGGAGGAUACAGUCAAAGUGGAUUCGUUUACGGAGGAGGAUCUGGCAGCCAACCCAGAUAUUAG